UGUAAACGGGAGACCAGCCUGAGAGAGAGGGAGGGAGAGAGGGACGGAGGAGAGGGAGAGAGGGACGGAACGGGGAAAGAGAGCGACACAGCCCGGGUCCACAUGGGUUGCGCCCUGAGCGCGGACUGCUGCGCAGAGGAACCGGAUCCCGAGCCCGUCCGAGGGUCGCCGAAAAGAGGGGGUCCCGAAAGGUUUGACGACACAAUGAGGCUGACCAAGCCUGGGAAGGGUGAGCCGCACUCCUUCAAAGAGAAGUCCUUUAAGAAGAAGCGCCAGUGUGGAGUUUGCAGACAGAGCAUCGAGAACCUGGGCUCUUUCUGCCGAGUGUGUAAAACGGCAACCCACAAGAAAUGUGAAAUAAAGGUAACCGGUGCCUGUGUUCCCGCCCCCUCCACUGACCUGCAAAGGCGAGGCACCGCCCCCUCCAGGCACAUCCAGCACCUGGGCUCCACCAAGUCUCUCACAUACACCAAGCAGAGGAGCACCCUGCCCAGGAGUUUCAGUGUGGACCGUGUGAUGGACAGGGUGAUGGAGCGCCACUAUGACUUUGACCUGACCUACAUCACCGAGCGCAUCAUCUCCGUCUUCUUCCCUCCCGUGCUGGAGGAGCAGCGUUACCGUGCCAACCUCAAGGAAGUCACCGCCAUGCUCAAGUCCAAGCACCAGGAGAAGUUUCUGCUGUUGAACCUGUCGGAGAGACGGAAUGACAUCACGCGUCUCAAUCCCAAGGUCCAUGAUUUCGGCUGGCCUGAUCUUCACGCCCCGCCCCUUGAUAAAAUCUGUGCCAUGUGCAAAGCCAUGGAGACCUGGCUGACCUCCGACCCCCAGCAUGUGGUGGUCCUGCACUGCAAGGGAAACAAAGGCAAAACUGGGGUCAUCAUCGCUGCCUACAUGCACUACAGCAAGAUCUCAGCAGGGGCUGACCAGGCUCUGAGCACUCUGGCCAUGAGGAAGUUCUGUGAGGAUAAGGUGUCGUCAGCUCUCCAGCCUUCUCAGAAUAGGUAUAUCUACUAUUUUGGGGGUCUCCUGUCUGGGGCCAUUAAGAUGAACAGCAGCCCCCUCUUCCUGCACCAGGUUCUCAUCCCGACUCUCCCAAAAUUCCAGUCUGAUGGAGGUUAUUUCCCCUUCCUGAAGAUCUACCAGUCCAUGCAGCUUGUGUACACCUCUGGAAUCUAUGAUCUGCAGGGCUCGGAGGCCCGGAGGCUGUGUGUGACCAUCGAGCCCGCUCUGCUGCUGAAGGGAGACAUCAUGGUGAAGUGUUACCAUCGACAGGCUCUGCGGGCAGAGAGGGACACGGUGUUCAGGCUCCAGUUCCACACCUGCACCAUACACGGGGCACAGCUGUGGUUCGGGAAGGACGAGCUGGACGAGGCCUGUGCAGAUGAGAGGUUCCCCUCCGACGCCACGGUGGAGUUCGUCUUCUCCUCGGGACCAGAGAAAAUAAAAGGGAGAGAGUACCAGCGGAAUGACCCUGCAGUCACAGUGGACUACAACACAGCAGACCCCGUGGUGCGCUGGGACUCCUACGAGAACUUCAACGCGCGGAACCAGGACAGCCUGGAAGACAUCGCUCACACUCGUGGCCCGGUGGACGGCAGUCUGUACGCGCAGGUGAAGAAGCGCAGGGCGGCGGGGUCGGGGUCGCUGGCCUCCACCAAUGGGAGCCCGGGAAUAUGCGGCGAGGAGAAGCAGGGCCAGCUGCUGUCCGUCAGCUCGGACUCGGGCCAUUCCUCCGCCCCCACCGAGCGCCUGGAGGACCCGCCUCGCCCCCCGCCGCCCACCCGGCAGGAGAGGGAGGAGCUGAACCGGCUGCUGGGCGGGAUCGAGGGCGGGAGGCAGGGCGAGGGCCGGGAGCGGGAGACGGCCAUAUUGGACGACGGCGAGGCCACGCCCCCGGGGGGCGGGGGGACGCUGCGUCUGGACCGCUCCUGCUCCUGCCGCGUCGGCCACCGCUCCCAGCGCUGCGUGGAGCCCGCCUGCGACCGGGCCUUCCUGGUGCCCAACGGCUACUGCCCCGCCCCCGCCCCGCCCCACCUGGAGCUCUGCCACGCCCACCCGGCCCUGCCCCCACCCGACCUCCUGUGGGAACGUCAGCAGCCCGUCCCCCACUACCCGUCCCGCCACCAGUACCCCUACCCCGCCUCGGACAUGCCCGGCCCUGCCCACAGCAGGAUGCUCUGCAGAGGCGAGGAGUACCCGCCCUACCUCCACCCCUCCCAUGGCCACCCCCACCACCCUCAGCCCUCCAGCCCCUCCUACCGCCAGAUGCUGCUGCUGGACGGCGUGGCGCCCCCUGGCUGCCCGUGCCGGGACUGCUGCUGCCGGCGGGAGGACGCCUUCCACGCCCUGCGGCUGGAGCGGGGGGAGGGGCUGCACUGGGAGAGGCGGGGCCGGGACGUGUCCCUGCAAUGGGACAGGGACAGGGAGGCGGAGCUUCAGUGGGAGCGCGAGCGGGAGAUGGAGUUCUGGCACCGGAGGGCGUACGGCGGCCCCCGCCACUCCCCCGAGCCCCACGACCUCCCGGCCUUCACCUUCGACCCCCUGCCCUCCGGCCACCCCGCCUACCCCGAGCCCUCCCGCUCGCACGGCCACGCCCACUCGCACCCAGACCUGAAGUACAGCAGCAGCAGCAGCGGCUACCAGACCCCCCGGCAGGCCUGCCCCUGCUCCCCCUACCAGCCCUCCCCCUCGGAGAGCCGCGGCUACGGCUCCGGGUACCAGUCAGAGUCCACCUCGCCGCUGCCCCCCCCAGCCUGCAGCCAGGGGCCCGACGUGCAGCCCCACUCCCACCCCCAGCCCCAGCCGUACCCCCCCGACCAGCACGCAGGGGACAGUUUGUCUUGGCGGGACCACAGCUCCCAGAGUUCCUUGAGGAGAGCGCACAGAGAGGCGCCUGUCAUGUCCUCUGUGAACUCUGACCUCUCGGGGCCGCCCACCCCGGUGCAUACCAGCAGCCCUUUGCGAACCCAGGAAAGUCCUAGUCCAGCAGAUGCAGAGCUGCAUGUAUCGGCGGUCAGCAGUGUCCCCACCCCAGCGUCUCCCCAGAGGGCCCUCAGCCCCGCCCAGGCUCCACAAAGCCCCGCCCAUGUUCCUCAUAGCUCAGGCCAGCAGCCCCUCAGCCCCACCCAAGCUCCACAGAGCCCCACCCAUGCUCCGCACAGCCCCACCCAGCAGCCCCUCAGCCCCGCCCAAACUCCACAGAGCCCCACCCAUUCUCAACACAGUGUCACCCACGCUCCACAAAGCCCCGCCCAUUCUCCAAUGAGCCCCACCCAGCAGCCCCUCAGCCCCGCCCAUGCUGCACAAAGCCCCGCCCAUUUUCCACACAGCCCUACCCACGCUCCACACAGUCCUACCCAGUGCCCCUCACAAGACCAGCAGUCCAGUCCUGUCCCAGCCCAGUCCGCCCCAGACACCCCCGAUUCACACGCCGUCCCCACCCAGAUGGAGCCCCAGAACCAUCAGCCCUCUGUAGAGGGGAGCAGCCUGCCCGUAGAGAUGCCUGCCGUUGCCCAGACAACACCACAAAAUGCCACGCCAUGUUCUUCGGGUCCUGUACCGGCACCCGUGCAGCUGAACGGCGGGUUCCCCCCCAAGGACGGCACCCCUGGCUCCCCCAAACCAAACUCCGCCCCCAGCUCCACCCCCAGCUCGGGCCCCUCCUCCCCGCAGCCCCCUGCUGGCAGCCCGGAGUACUGGCCCUCCUCAGAGGGCCCGGUGCCCGGCUUCGCCACCCUGGGCCGGAAGCUCAUGCUCGGGGGGGACGGCUGCUCCCCCAAAACCCCAUCUCCCACUGCCGAGGGCUACUGCACCCCCACCUUCCCCGUCUCUGGCUGUUACUACCCCGCCAGCACCCCGCCGGUAUCCUACUCUGGUUACACGUCCGUCACCAUCCCCCCUCCCCAGCCCCCGCUCCCCGAGAAACGCCGCCAGUCCGCCCUGCCCGGCUCGCCCAACGGGCGGGGCUCCACCCUCAGGACCCCCGCGGGGGCCCAGUACCCACAGCCCCCUUCAUCCGCCCCUCACCACGUCACCUUCUCCCCGUCCGUGGGGGAGGCAGCGCCCCCUGUGGGCUCCCGCGAGGAGACGCCGCACAGCCGGGUCAGCGUUAAGUUCGUCCAGGACAGCUCGCGGUUCUGGUACAAGCCCGGCAUCUCCAGAGACCAAGCGAUCGCUGUGCUGAAGGGGGAGGAGCCUGGAACCUUCCUGAUUCGAGACAGCAACUCCUUCCAGGGGGCCUAUGGCCUGGCACUGAAGGUGGCCACGCCCCCACCCAACGUCAGCAAUCACAGCAGCAAAGCAGGGGACCCCCUAGAGCAGCUGGUGCGCCACUUCCUGAUCGAGACAGGACCACGGGGGGUGAAAAUCAAGGGCUGCCAGAACGAGCCGUAUUUCGGGAGCUUGUCGGCCCUGGUGUACCAGCACUCCAUCACCCCCAUCUCCCUGCCCUGUGCUCUGCGCAUCCCUGAGAAAGACCUGGUUGGGGAGAUCCAGGAGGUGCAGACGGGGAGUAACCUGAGCACUGCUGCAGACCUCCUGAAGCAAGGAGCAGCCUGCAACGUGCUGUACCUGAACUCAGUGGAGACGGAGUCACUGACAGGGCCCCAGGCCAUCGCCAAGGCAACCAGCGCCACCCUGUCCCGGUCCCCCCGUCACCCCGCCACGGUGGUGCACUUCAAGGUGUCUGCCCAGGGCAUCACGCUCACCGACAGCCAGCACAGAGUUUUCUUCAGGAGACAUUAUCCAGUCAGCAGUGUGACCUUUAGCAGUGUGGACCCCCAGGACAGGAGGUGGACUAACUCUGACAGCACGACAUCCAAGAUGUUUGGCUUUGUGGCGAAGAAACAGGGCAGCUUGUCAGAGAACGUGUGCCACCUGUUCGCCGAGCUGGACCCCGAGCAGCCAGCCACCGCCAUCGUCAACUUCAUCAACAAGGUCAUGCUCGGGCCACAGCAACGCAGAUAGCCAAGCCCCGCCCCCCUCACAGAGCGGGAGCCAAUCAGGAGAGCGGGAAAACAGCCUGAAGCUGGUUGAGUGGAUUCUGGAAAAAGCAGACUAAGUUUUCAGUGCCUUUGUGUCACUCCACUCUGCCACAGUCUUGUCACCCUUCAUAAUCAAUCCUACCAAUCCUGCCUUUUUAAAUAUUAGUCAUUUAUGUAAAAGAGGAGGUGCAGUGUGCAGAUAUCAACUGUUAAGCCACCUGACUCCUCACUAGAGCAGAAAGGGUGUCAGUACAGAUGUAGGAAAUACUGCUGGGGUCAAGGACCGCUGAGUAUUGAGAAUGACCGUGAGUAGUUUGUGGGCUUUCCAGAACAUUCUGAAUUCAUAUUAUCCAACAUACCAGCGGUAGCUGCUGAAUAUUACCUCUGCUAAACUAUGACAUUGCAACUGAUGCAAAACAUUAUAUACAGAAUUUAUUCACAAAUACAGUUACCACAGUGGUGGGAAAAAACGCUUCUGCCAGUUGUAUCUUUAAAGGAAAGAAACUGGCAAUGGAUCACUCACUCUGAAACCCCCCACACCCCCCCUUCCAAAAGAAAAAAAUGAAUACUCACACACACAGAACGUUAGACGUUUCUGAAUGUGAGUGUAUGCAUGUAUGUGACUGAGUGAGAGAGACAGAGAGAGCGUUUUUGCAGGCCGGGCAGUACUGGGGCAUUAGGAAGUUGAUGUGCUGUAGUUGCAGGAUUUUAGAAAAGAGGGAUCAUGCCAUGAUCUUGGCCUGACGCGAGAGAAAAGGGCAGUGUUGCAAAAGGAAAUGGAAGAGUUUACCUGACAGGAAGUGGACACGGUAGGCCACACCCACAGCUCAGCCCUGUACGGCCAAGUCCUCUCAUUAUAUGUAUCCACCUCUCCGAUCUGGGUGUGGUCAACAGACAGGCAAGGCCAGACAAACGCACCCAAGAGGCCAUGUUUGUCCGGUGGUUCCAUCGCGGGCCUAGUCAGUUUGUAGUCUUGAAGCUCGGCUGCGAGCUUCGCCGUUUUUAACAUCCAAAAGAAACACAUUCGUUAAGUAUUAUCACAAAAAUAACACGACUAGGAAACCUUUCUUCUGCACCCACCGUAUUAGCAACAUAAAUCACUCACUCUUUCCUUUGGUGAAUAGAUCCAAGUAUAAAAGGAAAUAGAGCAAGCCAGCUGCCAAAGGCUGUACCUAACCAAAGACAUUUACUGAGCACUCGAUUUUUAUAUAUUAAGCUAUAAUCAGUCGUAAUUUGUCAGCUUCAUGCAUUUGUGUUUGUGUAAGUGGAGUGUGUAUACGUCAUUUUUGUGUUUUUAUAAGAGAAAGACACGCGUCUAUGACAGCUUUAAUAUAUUUGUGAUCUUUUUUUUUUCUUAUUGACCUUUGUAUGUAGUAAUAUAUUUUCUCACAUGCAGCUGCCUGUAAACGUGUAAGAAAUAAAAAAGGAAGGCGCAUUUAUAAGAAAGGAAUUUAUACAAUAUGCUAUUUUUUAAAAACAAACAGCGAUGUAUGCAUAAAAUGAAAAUAAAUAAAAAAGUUGUGGUACCAAAAAUGUGA